AUGAGUGAUAAUUACAGAAUUGUCAUCUUUAUUGGGCUUAUUCUGACUUUGACAUCGGUUCGAUUUACAGAUGGUUCCGUUGUGUCAACAGGGGACUUCAACAAGGAUUUCUUUGUGACAUGGUCUCCUAGCAAUGUAAACACUUCAGCUGAUGGCAGGACAAGGAGUAUGAAGCUCGACCAAGAAUCCGAAGCUGGUUUUGCUUCAAAUCAGAUGUUUUUGUUUGGACAAAUUGACAUGCAAAUUAAACUAGUACCAGGUGAUUCAGAAGGCACAGUUGUGGCCUAUUAUCUGACAUCUGAUCAACCUAACCGUGACGAAGUAGACUUCGAGUUCCUUGGACAUGUGGCAGGCAAACCAUAUAUCAUUCAAACAAUUAUUACUAACACAAAUAUCAUGCCAUUCAAAAUAUCCUAG